AUGACAGUCACUUAUUCCAGCAAAGUAGCAAAUGCCACUUUCUUUGGAUUUCACAGAUUACUCCUAAAGUGGAAAGGCAGCAUCUACAAAUUACUGUACAGAGAAUUUAUUGUUUUUGCUACUCUUUACACAGCGAUAAGUGUAUUAUACAGAUUUUUUCUUACAGGUAGCCAAAAACGGUUCUUUGAAAAAUUAUCAAUUUACUGUGACAAAUAUGCUGAACAAAUCCCGGUAACUUUUGUGCUUGGUUUCUACGUUACUUUGGUGGUGAAUCGCUGGUGGAACCAGUUUGUGAACUUGCCGUGGCCCGAUCGACUGAUGUUCCUCAUCUCUAGCUGUGUCCAGGGCAGAGAUGAAUAUGGGCGCUUGUUAAGGAGGACUCUCAUGCGUUACGUGAAUUUAACAUCUCUGCUGAUCUUUCGCUCUGUGAGCACAGCUGUGUACAAAAGGUUUCCCACCAUGGACCAUGUGGUAGGAGCAGGUUUCAUGACAAGAUAUGAAAGAAAAAUUUUUGAUGACCUUAAGUCUCCCCACCUGAAAUACUGGGUUCCAUUUGUCUGGUUUGGAAAUUUGGCAUCGAAGGCACGAAAAGAAGGAAGAAUUCGAGACAGUGUGGAUCUGCAGACACUGAUGAACGAGAUGAAUAAGUACCGGUCUUGGUGUAGUCUUCUGUUUGGUUAUGACUGGGUUGGAAUUCCACUGGUCUAUACCCAGGUUGUUACUCUUGCAGUCUAUACUUUUUUCUUUGCCUGCCUGAUAGGGCGCCAAUUUUUGGAUACUGACCAAGGGUAUCAGGGACAUGACUUAGAUCUUUACAUUCCAAUCUUCACACUGUUACAGUUCUUCUUCUACGCCGGAUGGCUCAAGGUUGCUGAACAGCUUAUUAAUCCAUUUGGAGAAGACGAUGAUGAUUUUGAAACUAACUGGUGCAUCGAUAGAAAUUUACAGGUCUCACUUCUGGCGGUGGACGAGAUGCACAUGAACUUACCAAGGAUAGAGAGAGACAUUUACUGGAACGAUUCCUCUGCCCGGCCACCCUACACAAAAGCAGCUGCUGAUUACUGUAUUCCUUCAUUUCUUGGAUCAACGAUUGAAAUGGGGCUGGCUGAUACCGAAUUCCUCUAUGGGGAGGAGUGGCCGUGGGAAGAGGAGAAACACCGAAGACAACGUUCAGUGCUGAGAAAAGUCAAGAGAUUUCUCAGCGUCCAUGAGGCCCCUUCGUCCCCUCCUCACCGCCGCUACAGUCGUCAGACAAGUGAGAAUUCGGUGUUUUUCCCAGCAGACGAAAAGGGGCACAUCAGACGGCUGCAGGAAAUGCACACAAGAGGGAGACACUCCACCUCCAGCUUCAAGAAGAAAUAUGAAGGCUUUGACAGAAGUAACAGACUUCACAGUAGCAGAGAUCUAGGACCCAUAACUGAAGCCUCAAGGAGCGAGGCACAGUUCGGUGACAGUGACACCUCAUCCGAGACAAACAAGCCAGUUCCUGAGGUCAUCAUCUCUGAAGCCAACGAGAAAGCAGCUGAUGUGCUGGGCAAACCAGAUCUGCAAACAGAGCGCGCUGCAAGCGUGACAGAAGAGAUGCUCCAAAGGAGCCUAACUGAGGCAAGUGUGACUCUUCUGGACCAUCCUUUUUUCCCCCCAGAAAUGACUACACACCUCCCAGGCUCUGAGGUGCAUCAGUCACUUCCUACUGUGAUAGGGGAGCCCAGACAUGAACCCCAUGGUAGUAACAUAGCCGGUUUCAUAACAGAUCAUGAGAGAAACCUUCAGAGAUGGAGUUUACCAAGCUUCCAUAGUCAUAGUACAGUGUCAAAUGCUGACACCGCAACACCUUUAACAGAUUCUGGGACAACUUCACAACAAAGGACCUUCAGCAACGGAAAAAAUGUUACUUCUGCUGCUGCUCCAGAGACGUUUGAGAUGGAGCACUUAUGGGAAAACCUGGAUAGUAAAGAAACAGCCAUAGUAGAAUUUUCUAAUGAGAAAAGUGAAAAAAAACUUUGA